AAGGCGGCGACGUGGCCGAAGGAAGCCCGUUUUGCCGGAACUGAUGCUCAGCCGGGAUUGGUGAAAGGGCGGGCCUAGGUCUCCGGCCGGAAGUAGAAGUGGAGGAAAGAUGCAGGACCAUCAGCACGUGCCCAUCGACAUCCAGACCAGCAAGCUGCUCGACUGGCUGGUGGACAGAAGGCACUGCAAUCUGAAAUGGCAGAGUCUGGUGCUGACAAUCCGGGAGAAGAUCAAUGCUGCCAUCCAGGAUAUGCCAGAGAGCGAAGAGAUUGCCCAGCUGCUCUCUGGAUCUUACAUUCACUAUUUCCACUGCCUGAGAAUCAUAGACCUUCUCAAAGGCACUGAGGCCUCCACAAAAAAUAUUUUUGGUCGGUACUCUUCUCAGCGGAUGAAGGAUUGGCAGGAGAUCAUAGCCCUGUAUGAGAAGGACAACACCUACUUAGUGGAACUCUCUAGCCUCCUGGUUCGGAAUGUCAACUACGAGAUCCCCUCAUUGAAGAAGCAGAUCGCAAAGUGCCAGCAGCUGCAGCAAGAAUACAGCCGAAAGGAAGAGGAGGGCCAGGCAGGGGCUGCCGAGAUGCGUGAGCAGUUCUACCACUCGUGCAAGCAGUAUGGCAUCACGGGAGACAAUGUUCGAAGAGAACUUUUGGCCCUGGUGAAGGACCUGCCAAGUCAGCUGACUGAAAUUGGGGCGGGGGCUCAGUCCCUGGGGGAAGCCAUUGACCUGUACCAGGCCUGUGUGGAGUUUGUGUGUGAAAGCCCCACAGAGCAGGUGUCGCCCAUGCUGCGGCAUGUGCAGAAGCGGGGAAACUCAACCGUGUAUGAAUGGAAGACAGGGACAGAGCCCUCUGUGGUGGAGCGGCCACACCUUGAAGAGCCUCCUGAGCAGGUGGAAGAAGAUGAGAUUGACUGGGGUGACUUUGGUGUGGAGGCAGUUUCAGACCCCAGCAUCUCUGCGGAGGCCUCUGGAAUUGACUGGGGCAUCUCCCUGGAAUCAGAAUCAAAGGACCCUGGGAGUGAUGGGAUAGACUGGGGAGAUGAUCCUGCUGCUUUGCAGAUCACAGUGCUGGAGGCAGGAACCCAGGCUCCAGAAGGCGUUGCAAGGGGACCAGAUGCUCUGACACUUCUUGAGUACCCCGAGACCCGGAAUCAGUUCAUUGAUGAGCUCAUGGAGCUUGAGAUCUUCUUGUCUCAGAGAGCAGUAGAGAUGAGUGAGGAGGCUGACAUCCUGUCCAUAAGCCAGUUCCAGCUGGCUCCUGCUAUCCUGCAGGGCCAGACCAAAGAGAAGAUGAUUACCAUGGUGUCCACACUGCAAGAUCUGAUUGGUCGGCUCACCAGUCUUCGAAUGCAGCACCUGUUUAUGAUUCUGGCCUCACCAAGGUAUGUGGACCGAGUGACGGAAUUCCUCCAGCAGAAGCUGAAGCAGUCCCAGCUGCUGGCUUUAAAGAAAGAGCUAAUGGUGCAGAAGCAGCAAGAGGCACUUCAGGAGCAGGCAGCUCUGGAGCCCAAGCUAGACCUGCUGUUGGAGAAGACCAAGGAGCUGCAGAAGCUGAUUGAAGCUGACAUCUCCAAGAGGUACAGCGGGCGCCCUGUGAACCUAAUGGGAACCUCUCUGUGACACAUUCCCUCCGUGGCUUGCCUGCUGGUCUUCCCAGCCUUCAGAUGGAGGUGGGACAAUCAGGACUGGUGUGGUAGACCCUUCCCAUCAAGAAAACAGGCAGACUGGAGGAGAGAGCACCAUGGGAAGGAACCAGCUCCUGAAUGGUGACUCCAGCAUUCACUACGCUCUACAAGAACUAUCUUGAUUGGCCCUGUGGUCUGUCAGCCUCAAACCAUACCUCCUCCUUUUAGUUAGUUGAGGUGGACUUAAUAAAAGAGGAAAAUACUCUUGCUU